AUGGAACUGUCGGAGCAAUAUCUCGUGUACCUCAAUAGCCACAACGCUGGCGCUUCUCCGCUCGAUGAUAUGCCGCAUGCUGCGGGAAACAGGACUGUUCCGAUGAAUUUCACCAGCCCGCAGAAUCUCGCGAUGCAGCUCUUGAAGCAUCUGCAGAAGGAGAAGCUACCAGCAGAAGGGCUGCGAGGCUUUUCCGAUGCCCAGCCACUACCGAUUUCCUGGGGCGAGAUCCUGCCAUUGAGCUUUGUGCAGAAGGCUCGCGAGGAUCAUGGACUCGAGCUUCCACCAGUGUUGCUGAUGUCCUUCCCGCUGCGGCGCUUCAACCACUCGGACUCGAUGGUUCCUGAGCUUCUACGGCUCGGUUCGGCCACUGCAGACUUCUUGGAGGCCUUGCCCCAGCGCGUGGUGUGGAUUGUCUCCGCGGACCUGGCGCACACGCACCUUGCUUCUGGCCCUUACGGCUACUGCCCCUGCGCGCAGCCCUUCGACGACGCCGUCGUUCGCUGGGCCAAGGAUCUUCCUUUCGAAUCUGCAGCCGAGGCUUUGUUGCAUGAGGGGCGCGGCUGGCAGCGUGCCGGCGCGGCCUCCUGCGGCUUCACUGGGUUGGUGGCCGCACAUGGGGCCAUGGCCCACAUCUCCAACCUCACCGGCCUUCCAACAUGGAGGGGCCAGGUGUUGGCCUAUGCGCAUCCAACCUACUACGGCAUGAUGGUGGCCAGAUUUGAGCGGCAGCCGGGGCUCGUGGUGGUCUAG